GCACUGAUAUAAACCCCAUGGCGCGCAACGAGCGCGCAGAGGAGCAGAGGAGAAUCAACAGGACGUCGCGCAAAUCUCACUGAGACCUUCUGAAAAAUAUGCAUCCCAACUUGGUGAGCUGGCUGGGGACGCUGGGGUUCCUGCUGUGGGCGCUGGUCUGCCUGGGCGCCUUGACGGAGGGGUACCCGGUGAAACCGGAGAACCCCGGGGAGGACGCUCCGGCGGAGGAGUUGGCCAAGUAUUACUCAGCCCUGAGACACUACAUCAACCUCAUCACAAGACAGAGGUAUGGAAAGAGGUCCAGUCCUGAGAUUCUGGACACACUGGUCUCAGAGCUGCUGCUGAAGGAGAGCAGAGACACACUCCCACAGUCAAGAUACGACCCGUCGUUGUGGUGAUGGCCGUCGCUCACCCUCCACCUCGGUCACCUCUGAUGUCUUACACGUCUGCCGGUUCACACCGCCCUGCACCGCCCGAUAACCGCUCUGUCUC